CCCAAGGCACCGGGGACACAUCCCCUCCGCUGCCCGUCCCGCUGGGCACCCUCACAGCAGCCAUGCGCCCCCCGCACUGGAUCGCAGCCUGGGUGCUCCUGCUCCAUGGCUGUGCCGCAGACCAGCCGCCGCAGGCUCCUUCCACCAGGACCGACAUCCGGGACUGCUCCACGGACCCACCGUACCUGCCCCCUACGGUCACCAACACGACGGCGCGGCUGGCGGCUCUGCGGGACACCAUGCGAGCCCACGGCAUCCACGCCUACAUCGUGCCCUCCACCGAUGCCCACAUGAGCGAGUACAUCUCCCGGCGGGAUGCCCGGCUGGCCUGGAUGACCGGCUUCACCGGCUCCGCGGGCACCGGGGUGGUGACGCUGGACAGGGCUGCCCUGUGGACCGACAGCCGCUACUGGACCCAGGCGGAGCGGCAGCUGGACUGCAACUGGGAGCUGCAGAGGACAACCUGGAUCGAGUCCAUCGGGCUGUGGAUCCUGGAGGCGGUUCCUGUGGGGGGGAACAUCAGCUUGGACCCCUUCCUCUUCUCCAUCGACACCUGGAACAGCUACAGACAGGCUCUGCACGGCUCCGGCAGGAACCUGGUCCCCAUCGAGACCAACCUUGUGGAUGAAGUGUGGGGUGACCAGAGACCCCCUUUACCCUCCAGCAAGAUCUACAGCCUCUUGGAGGAGUUCACAGGGAGCAGCUGGCAGGAGAAGGUGGCCGGGAUCCGGCAGCAGAUGGAGCAGCACGUUCGGCGCCCCACGGCCGUGCUGCUGUCGGGGCUGGAGGAGACGGCCUGGCUCUUCAACCUCCGCGGAGACGACAUCCCCUACAACCCCGUCUUCUACUCCUACACCCUGCUGACCAACACCAACAUAAGCCUCUUUGUGGACAAGGAGCGGCUGUCGGCGGAGGCGUUAGGGUCCCUGCAGGCCGGUUGCCCGGGACCACUGUGUGUGGAGCUGCAGGAGUACGGGCAGGCGCGCACCCACCUCCGCAACUAUGCCCAGGGCAACGUCACCAUCUGGCUGGGCACCGAGUACACCACCUACGGCCUCUACGGUGUCAUCCCCGAGGAGAAGCUGCUGGAGGACAGCUACUCCCCUGUCAUGACGGCCAAGGCUGUGAAAAACGCCAAGGAGCAGGAGCUGCUGCGAGCUGCUCACGUCCGGGACGCGGUGGCCGUCAUCCAGUACCUGCUGUGGCUGGAGAAGAUGGUCCCGCAGGGGCAGGUGGACGAGUUUUCGGGGGCACAGCACGUCGAUGCGCUCCGACGGGCCCAGAAGUACAACCACGGGCCCAGCUUCGAGUCCAUCUCGGCCAGCGGGCUCAACGCGGCGCUGGCCCACUACAGCCCCUCCAACGGGAGCAGUCGGAAGCUGUCUGCGGAUGAGAUGUACCUCUCGGACACCGGAGGGCAAUAUCUGGACGGGACGACAGACAUCACGCGGACGGUGCACUGGGGGGUCCCCACCGCACUCCAGAAGGAAGCCUACACCCGUGUGCUGAUGGGCAACAUCGACCUGUCCCGCCUCGUCUUCCCACCCAACACGGCCGGGAGAACGGUGGAGGCCUUUGCCCGACGGGCACUUUGGGAGGUGGGACUCAACUACGGCCACGGGACCGGCCAUGGCAUCGGCAACUUCCUCUCGGUCCACGAGUGGCCUGUGGGCUUCCAGUCCAACAACGUGCCACUGACACCCGGCAUGUUCACCUCCAUCGAGCCCGGGUACUACCGGGACGGCGAGUUCGGGAUCCGCAUUGAGGAUGUCGCCCUCGUGGUGGAGGCUCAGACCAAGCACCCGAGCGGGGAGAAGCCCUUCCUGACCUUCGAGGUGGUGUCCCUGGUGCCCUACGACCGCAACCUCAUCGACCUCAGCCUCCUGUCCCCGGAGCAGAUCCGGUACCUGAACACCUACUACGAGACCAUCCGUGCGCGCGUGGGGCCCGAGCUGCAGCGGCAGGGGCUGGAGGAGGAGUAUGGCUGGCUGCAGAGGAGCACCGAGCCCUUCCCGCUGGGCAGCGCCGCCACCGCCGCCACCGCCACUGUGGGCACGCUGGCCAUCGCCUCCCUCCUCUCCGCGCUGCUCACCGGGCUGCAGGCCUGACCCCCCCUCGCCCCCCCGCCCGCGCCGCCGUUUACUU